AUGACGAGCACAAUCGGCAUCCCGAUCAAGCUGCUGAACGAGGCGCAAGGUCACGUCGUUACUCUCGAGAUUACCUCCGGUCAGGUUUAUCGCGGUAAACUCCUCGAAGCGGAGGACAACAUGAAUGUGCAACUCAAGGAUAUUACGGUGACUGCGCGCGAUGGUCGUGUGAGCCAUCUGGAUCAGGUUUACAUUCGCGGCUCCCAUGUUCGAUUCUUCAUUGUUCCGGACAUGCUUAGAAAUGCACCCAUGUUCCGAAGCAGAGGCGUGAAGGGCAGAGGUGUUGGAUUGGCAAGAGGGCGAGCUACAGUCAGCAGAGCGAGAGCAAGCGGAAGAGGG